CUUGGUUUUUGGGGUCGGUUUUGAUGGUCUCCGCGGUCGAAUUGGGCUCCGCCGUGGCUGGGUUGGCGUGAGUUCGAAUUCAAUCGAUUUGGGGUUCUUUAGGGUUUUGCGGGAUCCGUUCGGAGCGUCGGUAUGGGUUCGUCGGCGAGUUUCUGACGGUGGGUCGGGUGUCGGAGGGAUACCGGAGCUUGGUUUUGGAAUCGCCCUCGCGAGUCCGCGUACGUCAUGGAUUGCACGGUGUGCGCGCCGAUGACGGAGAAUCUCCUGUCGAGGAGAAUCGGGGAGCUCGGGGGAGGCUUUAGCCACGAGAGCGAGCACGACCUGGCGGUGAUGGUGGGCGAGUUCCUGGAGAACGGAGGGAGCGGCGGGGCCGAGUCGUGGUGCAGCAGCGACAGCGACUCGGGGCUCUGCGAUCUCGCCCAGCUCGCCGAGAGCAUCGCGUUCUCUAAGCGCAACUUGGAUCAGUAUGAGAGUGACUUGCAAUCAGUGGUCCAUUCUCUUGUGCUCUCCAUCAAUGAGAUAGACCUUCAGUUUGUCAAGUCAGGACCGUGUACUGCUAGCUGCAUUAGAUUUUCUCUGGUUCAGCUUUUGAGACAAUCGGGAUAUGAUGCGGCAGUUUGUUCAGCAAGAUGGCAGGGUGGCAGCAAGGUCCCUGGAGGGGAUCAUGAAUACAUUGACGUGGUUAAUAAUACCAGCUCUGGAAACUCUGAUCGGUUGAUCAUAGACAUCGACUUCCAGAGCCACUUUGAGAUUGCUAGAGCUGUCGAGUCAUACGACAGAAUACUGAAGUUACUUCCCGUGAUCUAUGUGGGCUCUUUGAGCAGGCUCAGUCAGUUUCUCCAAGUAAUGGCUGAAGCUGGUAAGUUUUCGCUGAAACAAAACUCGAUGCCACUCCCUCCGUGGAGAUCUCUUGCAUAUUUACAAGCGAAAUGGUACUCGCCCUACCAGAGACAGUUCGAUGCCGAGAAGCAGAGCGGCAUCGGCAGGAGCUUGUUGGAGCACAAGCAGUGCAGUGGACAUUUAAAGAGGUUGCAGUCUGCUCUAGUGUCUGAGAUGGAGGCAGACCGGCAGCUGAAGCCCAAAAAUGGCGACAGUAAGAAGAACCGGAGGAUGAAGGUUGACCGGUGGAGGCACUCCCUGUUCAGGACAAUGGCUUGACCGGGGACUUGGGUGGUUUUUUACACUUUGAGAGAGAAUAUAUUGCGGCUUUUUCAUUAAUUUUUUUUCCCAUAUAGUAGAAUAAGUGUGGACCAAAAUGUCAAGAUGGUUCAUUCAAAUAUGGUGGGGCGUCAUAGGCAUCGCCAUAAUAUAGAGAGACUGUUUCAUUUUGAAGUGAGUCGGCAGCAUAGUGCAAUUUUCUUACCGUGGGAGAGAAUCAGCAGUGCUCUGUGGAGUUCAAGGUUCUCACAGAUGUUAUGUCACCUUUUCUCUUCUCUUUUUUGUCUGUUUUGCCUACGUUAUUGUUAUCCCUUGCCUCUAUAUUUUGUGGGCAUGGCAAAAAUCUCGCGUGUUUUUUACGUACUGUUUGUGACAUUUUGUUCUUUUCCAUUUACGGAAAAAAAGAUUAGCCGAGUAGCUUUACCUGCUAA